CUCGGGGUUGUGGUUAGGGUCAUGUGUCGCGAGAGGAAGCGCGAGUGACGUCCUCUCAUAGUUCCCAUAAAGCGUCUCUCUAUGGGAGCGGGAGCUUCAUGGACCCCGUGGGUCCAUUGCAAAAGAUGGUGAUGGGUACGCGAAGGAGAUCACCAUAGGCGCCGCGAUGCUUUUCUCCCUUGAAGUUGCCGAUGUCACCCUGGAUGGUAAGGACCUGCCGAAGACUGAUGGUAGUACAGUGGGUGCAACUACAGUAACUAUUACACCACUAAACUCGCCAAUAUGAGUAACAAAUGCUACGGUUACCCUGGCAACGGUGGACAGACACAUAGCAACGUUGGAACCACAAUUGCCCUGACAAUAGAUGUCACGAACUGCACAUGAGUGAACAGCAUCCUGAUACCUUGGAUUUCAGUUUAAAUAUGAACUUUUUUUUUAAUGGAGGAGCACAUGACUGUGAAUUAGCCUUCUACAAGAAUUAAUCUUUAGAGAAUGCGAUUGGAUUUUUGGCACUGAAUAAUUUUAUUUUCCAGUGUGAUGGCAGGAGUGACCUUGUGUGAACCAACAGAACUCUAUAAUUUGUUGAAUCAAUCUACAAAGAUCUCUAGAUUAGCAGAGCCAAACUAUCUCUGUUUAUUGGAUGCUCGUACCAAGAGAGAAUAUAAUGAAAGCCACUUGAUGACAGCACUAAGAGUCAAAACAAAUCCAUUGGGCAAAUACUUGGUGCCUGAAUCCAUCAACUUGGAAUGUGUUCGAUACUGUGUAGUAUAUGAUGGCAAAACGGAGACCGUGGAUGCAGCUUUUGACAUGGAUUAUGAUCUACUUGAAGUGGAUACAGAACUAACACCAUUUGACGCAGGAAUUGACAUAAAGGAAUUAAGAAAGAAACCAUCCUCUGAAUAUAAUGCUAAAGAAGGCUCUGCGGCUCGCUGUGCAAGAAUUAUGCAGCGGCUCACCCGCUUUCCAGUCAUGGUCUUAAGAGGUGGUUAUGAACGCUUUACAACCUCCUAUCACUAUCUCAGGACCCAAAAGAUCUUUUGGAUGCCUCAAGAAUUGGAAGCCUUUAAGACCUAUCCAGUAGAAAUCUUGCCUGCUAAGCUGUACAUGGGAAACUACAAACAAGCCUGUGACAGCCAGAUUCAGAAGGAUCUGAAAAUCAAAGCUCAUAUUAAUAUCUGUGAGGAAGAUGGCAUAUUUUUCCUUGAAGACAGAGAAAAACUCCUUCAUAUUCCUAUUCCUGAUUCUCUAGAGGCAGAUUUAUUUUCUCACUUUGUCAACAUUUGUCACUUUAUUGAUGCUCAUAUCCAUAAAGGAGCAGUCCUGGUCUUCUCUACUUUGGGAGUAAGCAGGUGUAGCACAGCAGUGAUGGCUUAUCUUAUCCAUUCUUGCAAGCUUUACUUGAAGAACGCUUGGAAUUUUGUCCAGAAAUGUAAAAAUAACAUACGGCCCAAUCGAGCAUUUGUGAAACAGCUAUCAGAUUGGGAACAACGGUUCUAUAUAACUGCCAUCACUGACAUUUCAGAACCAAAUUAUUGAUUGGAAGCUUUGUUUAUUGUGAGUUAGUGGAGUGGAAAAAUGAGAAGCAAGCCAACAUUUAUUUUUCAGAAGCUGUUGAAAGAAAUCUUUACCUUUCAUUGUUGCACUAUUGCUGACUUCAUCAUCUGUCUCACACUCAACAGGCAUUUCAUUGUGUUUUUAUUUUUCAUGAGCUUGUUUGUCAAGGAGAAAGAUAUUAUAUAGAAUAAACU